CGUCAGUGGUAGCAACAGGAACAUGGCGAUGGCUGGGUUCCGUCGGCUGUUGGUGACCAGUGAGUGUGCGUUACUAAAGCGAUUGUGUCAGGCUGCACCUUCCAGGAGCAGGGGCCUGAGCAUUUCCCGGUGCUGGAGUAACGGUCUCAUUUCAUGCUCCAAUCGCGGUGCGAGCAGCAAUGAUACGGGGGGCCGACGUUUACUCAACACUGGGGCCCGAUUACAGAGUUCAAAGGAUAAAGUGUCUGUUAAUUUUAUUAACCGUGAUGGAGAGGAACUUAAAGCAGAAGGAAAUCUAGGAGAUUCACUUUUAGAUGUUGUUGUUCAUAAUAACUUGGACAUUGAUGGUUUUGGUGCAUGUGAAGGAACCUUGGCAUGCUCUACCUGUCAUCUAAUCUUUGAAGAGGCCAUCUACAAGAAAUUGGAUGACAUCACUGAUGAAGAGAUGGAUAUGUUGGACCUAGCCUACGGCCUCUCAGAAACAUCUCGUUUGGGUUGCCAGAUCUGCCUUAAGAAAUGGAUGGAUGGAAUGACUGUGGAAGUACCGAGUGAUGUUGCUGAUGCUAGAGAAACCAAGGACAUUGAUUCUGGCUCCUAAAGGGAUUAAUCUAAUUUACAAAAUCAACAUAAUUGAAGUUAAUUUCUCAAACAAUAAAGCAUACUUUAUAAUAAGUGAUAAAAUCUUUAGUUUAGAUGGGUUACUCAAUAUUGAAUGUCUCAAUGAGUUGUCUCUGUAAUUUCUUGAUGGCUUAGAGCCACUAAUAUUGUAAAGCUGUAGAGAUUUGGGGAAAGUGCAUUUUACUAACUGUUUAACAGACAACUUCUCUAUUGUAAAGAAAACCGUUUUACUUUUUGAAGAACAUUGUAAAUGUUGUUCAAGUGCAGCUUUGUCCUGUUGAGGGCUGGAAUUCCAAGGAUUACAGUUCAGAAUUCAGACCAGUUUUGUCUAGCUCCAAAUGGGAAUAAGACUGAAAUUUGAAUCCGAUUCCAUUGAUAAUAACCAUUAAUGUUACAUUGAUCAUCCCUGAGAGCCUUUUAGUUAAUAAACUAAUUGAGUAUUUCAAAA